AUGUCAAGGAAAAGAGCCGAGGAUAUGAAAUGGUUCAAGGAAAAACGUCAAGAUGUCAGUGUAUUGAGGCAUCCUGCAGAUAGUGAUGAGUGGAAGGAAUUCGAUACACAACAUCCUGAAUUCGCCUUAGAGCCUCGGAAUGUGAGGCUAGGGUUAGCUACUGAUGGUUUCAACCUUUUGAAAAAUAUGAAUAACUCAUAUAGUUUGUGGCCUGUCGUACUCAUUCCGUACAACUUGCCACCGUGGUUGGCUAUGAAGGACCCAUUUUUCAUGCUGUCAUUACUUAUUCUUGGUGAAUCACAACCAGGAAUUGAUAUUGAUGUCUACAUGAGACCUUUAGUGAAAGAAUUGAAUGAAUUAUGGAAAAAUGAAAGGCGAAAGAGUAGAGCAUAUAAUGGCAAGCAUGAAAAACGGAAGAGAUCUUUGGUGAUACCGAUAGAAAAGAUUGAAGAACAAUUGGGCAGCUUGACGGGUGUCACUUAUGAAAAACAUCCAAGCAACAGGAAAAGACCUCGCCAGAACCCAAAUUGGACAAAGGUAAGCAUCUUGUAUGAGCUACCAUAUUGGAAGAAAAGGAGGCUUCGACAUAACAUUGAUGUCAUGCAUGUGGAUAAGAACUUUAGUGAAAAUGCUUUUGGAACGAUGUUAGGAAUUGAUGGGAAGAACAAGGAUACAGAUAAGGCACGGAUGGAUUUAGAAGAUAUGAAUAUAAGGAAAGAAUUAUGGUUGACAACAAAUUCUGAUGGAUCAUAUGUGAAGCCUCGAGCCAGCUUCUCACUGACCCCUAAAGAGAGAGAGGGUUUCUUUGAAUUCUUGAAAUCAAUCAAGUAUCUAGAUGGGUAUGCGGCAAACAUUUCGAGAUCAGUGAAUGCAAAAAAUGGAAGAUUAACAGGAUUGAAAAGCCACGACUGCCAUGUACUUAUACAACGAAUUCUUCCUAUUGGGAUGCGUGGUUACGUAGAUAAAGAGAUCAGUACAACACUUUUUGAGUCAGCCUUCUUUAAUGUGAUGGUUCAUUUGGCCAUUCACUUGCCACGUGAGACUAUUCUCGGAAAACAUGUGCAAUAUCGGUGGAUGUGCCCCAUUGAAAGCUCGUCACCAAUCAAGCUUGACCAGAAGGUUCUAUUGCGGAGGCUUACAUUGUCAAGGAGUGCAUUACUUUUUGCUCAAUGUAUCUUGAAGGAACUUCGUGAUAUUGCUCAUUGGUUCUUAUUAUACAAUAGCCUUGAGAUAGAGAAGUAUCUUCAGGAACAUAAGAAUUUGUUACAAAUUCCCACUGGACAAGAUAUAACUCAGAUACAACAAAAGGAAUUUCCGAAGUGGUUCAAAGAAUAUAUAAAUAGAUUGAGAGUUGAUGAGGCACCAGAAGCAACCGAAGAAUUGUGGUCAUUAGCGAAUGGUCCUAAUUUUCUAGUGAAAGAGUACUCGGGUUGUAUAAUCAAUUGUGUAAGAUUCCAUACGAAGGAAUUAGACAAUCGUCGUAAAAGUCAAAACAGUGGUGUGCUUAUCGAAGGGGACUACAAGGGGGAGAUGCACGAAUUCUAUGGUCACUUGUGCAAUAUUUGGAAAUUUGAGUACAUGUGUCAAAAUAAAGUUGUUUUGUUUCAAUGUAAAUGGUACAACACCGGUAACACUGGUAGAAGUAGAACAAUCCAACAUAGAGGUGUGUUUGAUGUGCCAGAGGUUAGUGAUGGAGAACCACCAGAUCAACCAGAAUUUAAUGAUGCAUUCCAACAAGAAAACAUUAACUUAGUGGUCCUAAUCAACAUUGAAGAUAUUAUUCGAUUUCAUAAGGAUGAUAUUGAAGCUGAGGUUAUUCCAAAUAAAACAAAGAGAGAUGAUAGAGAUGACGAAGAAGAUGAAGAACUUGGUGUACUUGAUGAUGAUAUGGAUCCUGAUAUGAAACCUGAUAUGGAUUAUGAUAUGUAG